AUGAUCUCAGUGAAACGAGCCACCUUCUCGGUUCUAGCAGUGACAAUCAUCUUCUUUGGUAUAGCGGAGGUACAACAUGUCGACUGCAAUUUCACAGAACCAUUGGGUGAUUUAUUGUCACGGGAAAAACGUUUUCUUAAUUUCGUCGUCAACGGAGGCGUUGCUAAGAUCGUUAUCGGUGGAGUGUUUCCGGUACGGUUCCACCACAGGCUAAAACGCAGCCUGAAUUGUGCCCUCAACCUGCAAGCCAACUAUGUCAUUCCAGCGAACAUAAUUUGGCCCGUACCGGAGGAUGUUUUCAAAGAGCGUUUAAACAACGAGUUUGUCGACAACAGCCGCCCACAGCUGUACCAACUGCUCGAGCAUAUGAUCAACAACUGGGGACGACAUGGGCGGUCGUGCAUCCUCCGAACGAUCUGCGAAGUAGCUGAAACUCCACUCAGGCACAACGGAAUGUUUGGGGAAAUUUUGGAUGUUAUAUUCACGCCAAGUGAUACGGAUGUUAUGGAUGGUGACUAUAAAUUGGCACGAAAGUAUGGACAGCACGGAGUGAGUUGUUCCAAAGCAUUCAGUAAAUGCCCCUAUGGGCAUGGAAUUUUGGACACUAUUUCAGCCGUCAAUUUGUUUAAGUUUUAA